CACAUGGCCUGCAAGACCGGGGUUGGUGGGAGGGGGCCGGGCUGGUGCUCCGCAGCUGUGACACCCGGAGCCCGCGGGCUCCCACGGCCCCCACAGAUCCCGCCAUGGUGCGUGCGGGCGCCGUGGGGACGCAUCUCCCCGCGUCCGGCUUGGACAUCUUCGGGGACCUGAGAAAGAUGAACAAGCGCCAGCUCUAUUACCAGGUUUUAAACUUCGCCAUGAUUGUGUCUUCUGCGCUCAUGAUCUGGAAGGGCUUGAUCGUCCUCACCGGCAGUGAGAGCCCCAUCGUCGUGGUGCUGAGAGAUAAUGGAGACAUCAAAUUUCUGACUAAAGGAGAUAAUAAUGAAGUUGAUGAUAGAGGUUUGUACAAAGAAGGCCAGAACUGGCUUGAAAAGAAGGACGUGGUGGGACGAGCCAGAGGGUUUUUACCAUAUGUUGGUAUGGUCACCAUAAUAAUGAAUGACUACCCAAAAUUCAAGUAUGCUCUUUUGGCUGUAAUGGGUGCAUAUGUGUUACUAAAACGUGAAUCUUAAAAUGAGAAGCAGUUCCUGGGACAAGAUUGAAAUGAAUUCUGUUGAAAAAGAGAAAAAUAAUAUAUUUGAAAUGUUCUUUCUGUAUAAAAGCAAACAAUGUGGAGAUGUUUCUGCCCUGGUCAAAUAAAUGAUUCAUCAGUAA